UUCUGAGCGAGCCCCGCUCGUGCCGCUCGUUGAAAUGAAAUAGAAGAAGCAGCCGUAAAAAGAACAAGCGAGGAAAUGGAGUCCUCUGGUGAAUCCAAGGCGAACGCUGGCCAAUCCGCCCUUCUCGGUACGCGUCACUCAGAUGAAACAACGAUAACGACGGCCCGUGGCAGAGGCAAGUCCUGCCAAAGCUGUUCCAGCAAAACCAGAUGCGACUGCUUGCCGGACCCGCGCCUCGAAUCCGGUCGCGACGUAGUGUCGGCAGGCUCGAUGCCCAUGGUCCUAUCCCAGGAGUCCCAUGGCACUGGCGCUUCGCAACACGCGGUCUCUUCGACGUCGCUGCCGGACAUCUCGCACGACCGCAGCCUGCACAUAUCCCAUACCUCAGCGCACGACGAACUGGCCAUCUUCCGCUGGAGCGCGCGGCUCAAGGAGGCCCUGCGGCUGCCGCUCAACAUUCGCCUCGGGCUCGCGUCACCCUCCUGCACGUCGGUCGCCGACAAGGACGGCGCCAGUGAAGAUGGCGCCUCGCUCCAGGCCUCGGUUCAGGCUUCGGCCCGGCACGACCCGGAUCAGAUCGCCUCGGCCCAGAUGAACAGUUUCUGGAGCAUGUUGGCAUCGCACUCGCGUCAAUUGAUGCCUAAAGGAGCAUCCAUGUGGGGGCAUCAGUUGACCACGUCCGACCUGGCGUGCGCCGUGGCCACCAUCCUGUCGGCGGCCAUCGUGAUCCUGACCUCGCUCCUGCUCCUGUCUCCCGCCGUGCCAGCGGAUCACGCCGAGGUGACCGUGGUCGGAGCCUUCGGUUCUGUCACCGGGUUCGGCUCGCUGGCCGCCGGACGACACGUGUACGCCUUUCUGGGCGUGCCAUUCGCCGAGCCACCGUUGGGCAAGUUCCGCUUCCAGAAAGCCGUGCCACGAAAGAGCAGUGUGAUGGACGGCCGACGUCCGGGUCCCGCGUGCUACCAGGAAGGCGCCCGCAGCGCCGACGUGUCCGAGGACUGCCUGCACCUGAACAUCUGGACGCCCAAGGCGGACUGUGAUACGGCGCGGCAGCCCUCGUGCGCAAACAGGACGGUGCUGUUUUUCCUGCACGGCGGGUUCUUCCAGGCCGGCAGCAACCGGGACUACCCGCUCGACGGAAGCUACCUGUCCGCCUUGGGCGACGUGGUGGUGGUGGUGCCCAACUACAGGCUGGGCGCCCUGGGCUUUCUGUACAACGGCGGCCCCGCUGCGCCGGGCAAUGCGGGCCUGCAAGACCAACUGCUGGCGCUCGAAUGGACGCGCGCGCACAUCGGGAGCUUCGCCGGCAACGGUUCCGACGUCGUGGCCAUGGGCCACGGUGCCGGCGCCGGCUCCAUCGGCCUGCACCUGUUUGGCAGCGCAGCGACCGACAGCAGGCACGGCAGCGACGACCGUCGCCGCCUGCCGCGCCUCACCAGAGCCAUCCUGAUGAGCGGCAGUCCGUUCAGCAGGAUGCACGACAACACGUUCAACUACCACGCCAACGUGGAGUGGCUGGAGCAUCACGUGCACUGUGACGACAAUGCGGCCGCCGUAAAGUGCUUGCUGGACGUGGAUGCCCAGUCGAUGUACUCCGGUGUGCUGCUCCCGCGCUUCUUCCCGUCGUUCACCGGGUUACUGCCGAACUCGUCCUUCAAGCAGAGGCAUCUCGUCCGCCUGACAGGCGUCAACGUUCUGCUUGGCCACAUGGAGGAGGAGGUGCCGUACCUGGUGUCGUACUUGCAGAGGAAAGGCGUGGUGGAAGGGCCAGUCUUCGACAGUUUGGUGCCCGGCUUGCUCCAAAACUUGGGCUUCAAUGACAGCAGCUCCGUCGUGAUCGCCCAUUACUACACGAAUGGCUCGGCGGGCAACGCGAGCCACUGGGCGGGCGAGCUGCUGGCCGACGUGCUGGUGGUGUGCCCCGUGCGCCACUUCGCCGACUACCUGGGCGCGUCGGGCAACAACAGUGUGCACCGGUACCUGCUGCUCAGGCGGCGGCGGCGGCGCCCCUCGACUCCGACGACCGCGCAGGCCGACCCCUCCCUCGGCGGCGUGCGAGGGACGACGCCCCGGCUGUACGCCCUCGGGCUCGUCUUCGGCGAUCCGCUGCGCCGGAACAACAGCGACGCCGAAGAGCAGGCGCUGAGCCGGCGCAUGAUCGCCCUGUGGACGGGGUUCGCCAAAAGCGGGACCGUUCCAGCCGACCUGGGCGGGAACGUCUUCAACUACACCAUAGCAAUUUCAAGUGCACCAAACACCAAAGGGAGUCCAUUUGAGUUCCGCAAAACCCAGUGUGACUUUCUCAAGGACCACUACCUGUGAACGUUGUUUUGGAUUCAUGGGCCAUUUAUUGUCGUUCAUUUUUUUUCUGUAUCCUAAUGUAUCGAUCUUGUGAUGCGACGACCCUUUGCACGAUGUCGUGAUGACAUCUGUCGUUUUAUUCGAAAAUAACUGUCAUAUACCUUCUUUUCAUACUUA